UUUCAAAGUGCAGGUCUUACUCGGGACACCUACCAGUUGUUCUCUACCAGGCAGAGGCUGUGAGUGGCGGUCUGGGGAAACUGGAGAUUCCAAGCCUUUAAUUAAGUAAAUCCUGAAAAUGACAGAAUGUGGCCUUGUUUCCCACUGAGCUAGCAAAAGCAGAUCAAGUUCUGAGGAUAACGCAACAAAUGAGGACUCAAAAGACAAGGGGCAGCUCAGGAAAUCAUGGAACUCAAAAUCUGCGAGUGUUGUACAACCAGACACACAUGAAGACAGCUUCAAGGAGGAGGGGACGGACAGAGCAGCACCAAGAAAGGGAGUGCCUUAUUUUGAAAGUAGAGGAUCCCAAGGACAGCAAGGAGAGGCACUACAAGGAAACACAGGAGAAGCCAGUCCCUCCUCAGGUGAAGCACGCGUCCCACACUCAGGUGGUCAAAGAGCAGCUGGACAGGAUCAAGGCUCAGAUGAAAAAAACUUCUCGGGCAAACCUCUUAAAACGGCCGAAGAGGAAAUCUUAUCAUCCAUUUGUUUGGAACAGUUUACACCCAUAUUCAGAUACUCAUGAAAUAGACUUUCUUCUUGCACUGUCAACAGCUGUCCACCGCAACCCUAAGAGUCAACAGAGUGCUUCUAAAAUUAUUGAUCUUCAGGCUUCCUGGACAAGAUAUUCUUCCUGGACAAAAAAGCAGCACAGAAUGCUGCUGAAGAGCCCGCAGGAUUGUCACUUACGAAAACAGGGAGGGAAUUAUACCGAAAGCACUUGGACCAGAUGUCCCUACAGCAGCAUGUCCUUCAACGCUCUAUGAAGAUGGCACUCGUAACAUAUAUGGGUCAUACGAGGAGCUCUUCAAAGGCAGUCAAGGAGAUAACCGAUCAUUGCAUUAUAAAAAAAAAAGUUUCCAGCAGAAGGCAGCAAGCUUCUAAAUAUCUAGAUCUAAUGAAAAACUCAGAUUAAACACCUUUUUACACCAAUAAAAAAUAUUAAAGAUGUAAAAAUGAAGCAGACUAAGGUUCUGGCUCAAUUCCAGGGCUAUUUAAGUGUCAGUUUUUUUUUCCAAAGUAAUGAUAUACACAAACUCAAUUAUGUAGUACUGUAAAUAAUUCUGGUUCACUAAGAAAAUGUCACCAUUGCAGAUCAAAACUUCCUAAUACUUUUGAGCUGAUUAGAAGUGCAGUUUAAAAUUCCCAGUAAUAAAAUGUAAUGAUAGAA